AAAAAAUAUAAUUGAUUGUUCACCUGUACAAACUACUUUUACACUAUCUUCUGACAACAAUGUGUCGGUGAAGGGAACACGUAGCGAUAUUUAUUACUUGUGCCUUUUUGUGUCAGAACUGCUGUAAUGGCAGGUCUCUGGUGCUUUGGUUUGUUGAUUGUGAACUUCAUUGUCCCGUGCGUACUGGGGACGGAAUCUACAACAGAACAAGGCAACAACCUGGUGGACUUCUGGAUCGUUCGUUUUCUCAUUAACCUUCUGGGAUAUGCCACUGUGUUUGUACCGGGUUAUAUCAUCAUCAACUAUCUGAGGAAAAUCAAGUACAAUGAAACAGGAGGGCAUGGUGUGCUACAGGAUUUCCUGAGAAAUCUAGCAUUUGGUAAAGAAUCUACCCUGCCCUUAACACAGGAGGAGGAUUCUGGGAAGAAGAGGGAUUCGGGUGAGGAAUCGUCAUUCCAGCGAGGCCUUACAUUACUGUUCUGUGUUGCGGGACUGCAGGGAUCCUACUUAACAUGGGGCGUUCUUCAGGAGAAAAUUAUGACCUCUGAAUAUGGACGCACCGAACACUCCCCAGGAGAGUUCUUCAAAAACUCUCAGUUUUUAGUAUUCAUCAACAGAAUAUUAGCAUUUCUCAUCGGCCUAGUUGUCUUACUUGUAAAAUCUCAACCCACACAUACAACACCAUUUUAUAAAUACUCCUUCAGUUCCUUCUCCAACAUAAUGAGCAGUUGGUGUCAGUACGAAGCACUUAAAUUCGUUAGCUUUCCUACGCAAGUCAUGGCCAAAGCUUCCAAAGUCAUUCCCGUCAUGCUCAUGGGAAAAGUUGUGUCUCGGAAGAAAUACGACUACCAUGAGUACAUUACUGCCGGACUGAUCUCAGUUGGAGUGAGUUUGUUUUUACUGACAAGUGGCGACAUAACGCGACACAAAGGAAGCGUGACUACUGUAUCAGGAGUCAUAUUGCUGAUGGGGUACAUGGUAUUUGACAGCUUUACCUCAAACUGGCAGGGAGAACUCUUCAAACGAUAUAAAGUUUCCUCCAUACAAAUGAUGACUGGAGUGAAUCUCUUCUCAUGUCUCCUGACUGGCGUAUCCCUUAUAGAACAAGGAGGCUUCUUUGAAUCUCUAGCAUUCAUGACAAAACACCCUGAUUUUAUCUUCCAUGCUAUAAUUUUAAGUCUGUGCUCUGCUGGGGGCCAGCUAUUCAUAUUUUACACCAUUGCUCAGUUUGGGCCAGUAACAUUCACCAUCAUAAUGACCAUUAGACAGGGGCUAGCAAUUCUUUUGUCAUGUAUCAUAUAUGGGCAUCCUGUGACUUUGGUGGGCAUUAUGGGCGUUCUUAUAGUAUUUCUGGCAUUGUUUUUACGUAUUUAUGCUAAUCAGAGGAAACGGGCACUUCAGCAGAAAAGUCAGCAAGCUAGCAAUCUCUCCAAAGUUUGAUGAAAUGAUUUAAUUUCAGAAAAUUGUAAAUUUAUUUUAAUAGAUUUGCUUUAUACUCACACUUUUAAAAAAAAAUGUUUGGCUACAUGUAUAUUCUCAGUAUCCUUGUCCGUCCGUCUAUCAAACUCUUAUCUUUAACACCCAUUUUUAAUGGUUGUCAAACAAAUUCUUUUUAUUUACAAAAUUGGUCCUGUAGAUUUGAAACAAGUAUUUAAAUAUUCAAUUUUUAUAUAAGAAGGGGCUCAAAAAGGAUAACUUAUUGAAAACUUCUCAAAUCCUCUAAGAGUCCUUAUAUAUUCAAAGACACUCACUGUAUCUUUUAACUUGAUUCUUCAUGUCUGUUCUGUGUUAACAAUUUGGAAUUUAGACCUUUGUUGCAGGUGUUUGUUUUUUCCUAAUAAUAUUUCUAUUGUUCAUAAGAAAUUUAUACAUUAUGAUUUUGACAUUGAAUGGUGAUGCUGCCAUAACGUUUUUUAAUGCUGCAAGUAACUUAACAUCAAUUAUUCAAACAGGUCUGUUCCAGUGUAAUAAUUUCAUCUUGAUCAAUCAGGGAUUAUAAUGCAGGUGCAAAUCAUGAUUCAGAUUUUGUUGACUGGCAUUUUAUAUUUUGAAAGUGGGAUAAGAAAAAUGAUCGAAUCCCAAGUGAUAAGAAAUCCUACGUGUACUUGAGAGAGUACUGAAUACAGUAUUGGGAUGCAUAUUACUAGUUGUGUAAUAUGCUGCAUAUUUUCAGGACAAGUAUUUGCUAAUACAAUUAUAUUCUUGAGCAGUUCUGCUCUCAAAUAAAAGAUCCUUUCUCGACUAGUUGUAUUCCUGUUGCCUCCAAGAAGCUAGUCAUAUUUCAAAACUACAUUUAGUAGACAUUUUCAAGAUUAUAAAUGGUCUAGUGCUGUGUGUUUAAUUAAA